UGACAACCGCUGUAUCGAAUUUCCGCGGAAGCAGGAAUUGAUUCAUAUUACUGGGCUGCCAUAUCUGCCAUGCGGGCUAGGCUGCCUGUUCCUGUACCUUCGUCGAGUUUAUUGAGAUUUCUCCAAUUCCAAUCAGAGGGGCGCUGUUUCUUCAGCGCAAACUCGCAAGGCUUCGCCUUCGACCAUGGAUCACCGCCAGGGCCGCAACAGCACACGGCGAAAAGACUAGGAACGCCGAAGACAUCGUCUUCAUAUCUAUGGGCGCCCAUACCGACACCUGCUACUUGUGAAGCAAGCCUUCUCAACCUCGACUUCCUCAUCCCUCGGGUUACGUUGCCACCCACGACACGACCCAGUCUCAACUCCUCUCGGCCUCUCGCCAAAAUCACAAGGCGAGGCACAAAGCAUUCAAUAGGAGGACAUAGAUGUGCAUCAGAGAGCCACAGUGCCGACUGGCUCAGGCGGACAUUUGGCAGGAAAGUGAACCGGCGUCGAUCUCUCAAGGGAGUGGAAGGUCCAUACGGCGAUGAAGGGGCUGAAGCCACGGCGUAUGCCCUCGGGCGUACAAUGUCUGCAAAGGCAGCAAAUGAGCAGAAGCUGCGCUGCACUGAGUUUGACGAGAAUGGCAAUGUCGUCUUAGUGAACGGGGAGUUCAAGAAGAGCGAGCUUAUCGCCAAAUAUGGGUUAUUGCCUAGAGAUCUUCGAAAAAUCGACUCGUCGCUGUUACCACAUAUUCUUGUGCGGCCCUCAGCUAUCCUAAUAAACCUCCUCCACCUCCGCUGCCUUAUCAAGGCGAAUCGAGUGCUUGUCUUCGACACAUAUGGCUCAACAGACUCAUACACGCAGUCUGUAUUCAUGUAUGAUCUUGAAGGGAAGCUACGGCAGAAACAGAACUCGCCCUCGGCUGGGGGGCUUCCUUACGAAUUCCGUGCCCUCGAGGCAGUGCUCAUAUCGGUGACUUCCGGGCUUGAGGGGGAAUUCGAAACAGUACGCGGGCCAGUUGUGCGCGUGCUCCGAGAAUUAGAAGAGGAUAUCGACCGCGAUAAGCUACGACACUUGCUUAUUUAUUCUAAGAAGCUCGGUACCUUUGAACAGAAGGCCAAGCUCGUCAGAGACGCCAUCGACGAGUUGCUUGAGGCUGACGAUGACCUGGCUUCCAUGUACUUGACUGAAAAGACGCAUGAUUUACUCAGAGGGGAGGAUGACCAUACGGAGGUUGAAAUGCUACUGGAGUCUUACCACAAGGUGUGUGAUGAGAUUGUACAGGCGUCUGGCAAUUUAGUCUCCAAUAUCAGGAACACCGAAGAGAUAGUCAAGGCAAUUCUCGAUGCCAAUCGAAACGCGCUCAUGCUCCUCGACCUGAAAUUCUCCAUCGGCACACUCGGUAUCGGUUCCGGGGCCUUUAUAGCGGCAUUAUACGGCAUGAACUUGAAGAAUUUCAUCGAAGAAUCCAACUUUGGCUUCCUCGGAAUCUCUGGCUUUUCAGCCGUAUUUGCUGCUCUUGUCUGUGGGUACGGACUAACGAAACUGAGAAAGGUGCAGAGAGUAAGUAUGUGGGGUGAGGCCGGCAAGAGAGGCGCAAGGGGCAGCUGGAGAGCAAUCGAUGAGGAAACUGGAGCUGGCUUAUUGGAGCGAAGCAGGCGCGCAAGGCUCUUGAAGGAAGAUAAGGGAGGCUCCCUGCGAGAGGUUGCUGGAAAUGUGAAACCUUUACCACCUACAGUCAUAUCGAAGACUACAAGGGCAUAGAGGAGGGCGGCUACAAAUGAUACAUGGGUUGGCGCUAAGGUUGUUACUAUGUAUCAACAGCUCUGCAGGCGUUUUGUUAAAGCGGGAAAUCAUCUCUGUUUAGAUAUGUUCAAGUGCCAGUCACGGCGCGUUUGGGGCCUUCGAAUACCACCACCACUCUUGUAAACCAUACCAUAUUAGAGUUAUCGCCUUGGAAAUAUAAGAUAAUAACCAGACUUUGAUUGUCUCGUCA